AUGGCGGCGCUGCUCCUAGUCACAGCGUCCGCCCAAACGACCUGUUCGGCAAUCGAAGAGAACACCGACUACGCUGGCAACGACCUCAAGCAAACCAAACGUAGCUCCGCCACCAAUUGCUGUGCCGACUGCGGCAACACGCCUGGAUGCACGGUGUAUUCGUGGGAAAAGUCUGGGACGUCC